AUGCUUUGGCGCUGGGAGUAUCUUAUCUUGGGCAUUCUGCUCUUGGCGGAGAUCACCCAACUGGGUGAAGCUGCCAUUAAUCCGAGGAGAAACAGGCGGUUGAGAAGUGCGAAUGGAACCAACUUGUCGAGCAGGAGAAAGCAAUCCGGAAACAGGAACACUCGUAACCAAACUUCUGGCAGAAAACUCGCUGCCAAGAGCGUCAAUCGAAGCAGGAAGUCCGCGACUCCGGCCAAAAUCGAAUCCAAGAUUAUAGGUGGCACAAGCACCACUAUUUCCACGACUCCCUACAUUGUGCAGGUGCGACGGGGAGAGAAUCUAUGUGGGGGAUCCCUGAUCACGGAACGGUGGGUCCUAACUGCAGCCCAUUGCGUUAAGGGAUACAGUGCCUCCAAUUUUAAGGUGCGCGGUGGAACCACCACUUUGGACGGCAGCGACGGCACCGUUCGCUCCGUGGACUCUGUCCACGUGGCGCCCAAGUUCACCUCAAGGAGUUACAACAUGGAUGCGGCGCUGCUCAAGCUGAACGCGUCCCUGACUGGAACCAAUAUCGGAACCAUUUCCAUGGGUAACUACCGACCCAGAGCGGGAUCGCAGGUGCGCAUUGCGGGAUGGGGCGUAACUUCGGAAGGUGCCUCAUCAGCCUCCAAAACCCUGAAGGCCACUUAUAUUCGAGUGAACAAGCAGAGAAAGUGCCAAAGGGAUUACCGCUCCAAGGCCACCAUCACAAAGUUUAUGUUUUGUGGCCGCGCAGCUGGCAAGGAUUCAUGCAGCGGAGAUUCAGGAGGUCCUGUUACCAGGAACAACACCCUGCUGGGCAUCGUAUCGUUCGGCUAUGGAUGUGGCAGAGCCAAUUACCCCGGUGUGUACACAGCCGUGUCCUCGAUCCGCACGUGGGCCAACAACGUUAUGGCCAGCAAUUAGGGAUCGCUAGUCU